CACCAGCUAGAGUCGACCUCGAGUUUCAGUCUUUCCGCGCAAUUUGUGAUUCAGUGAUAAAAAUUUCAUUAUUUCAAAAAAUACCAUGCAGCGUUGGCAAGGAAAAUUUGCAGUUGUAACUGGCGCAAGUUCGGGAAUAGGAGCCGUCACUGCCACAAAACUAUUAGAAAAAGGACUUUCGGUAAUUGCUCUUGCGCGCCGUGAGGAACGACUCCUUGAGAACCAGAAGGCACUUCCCGAGAACCUUCGGGAUCGUUACCACCCCAAAAAAUGUGACGUUACUGACGAGGAAGCAGUGAAAAGCACUUUUGCCUGGAUUCAGGAACGUUUCGGAGGAGCUGAUGUUCUCGUUAACAAUGCUGGCAUUAUGAACAUAGGUGUAGGUCUUUCUGCAACAGAGAAUACAGAUAUCGUUAGGAAUACAAUUGAAACAAAUGUAAUGAGUGUGGUCUAUUGCGUUCGAGAAGCUUUCAACUCAAUGAAAGAGCGAAAUGUGGACGGUCAUAUUAUCAUUAUUAAUAGUUUGCUUGGCCACAACAUCCCUGUAAUGGGUAACCAUUCGAUGAACAUUUAUCCCGCUUCGAAAUUCGCGGUAACUGCAAUGGUGGAGACUUACCGUCAGGAGUUCGCAAAUGCUGGAACAAAAGUGAAAGUAACAAGUAUUAGCCCUGGAGGUGUUGAAACUGAACUUGUACCAAACAUGGCAGCCUUUCGAAAAGCGGGAGUAGCCUUGUUGUAUCCAGAGGACGUGACUAACGCUAUAUUGUACGCUCUCAGCACCCCACCCCAUGUACAGGUUCACGAAUUAAUGAUUAGGGCCAUGGGUGCAAAAGCUUAAGUAAGAAUUUAGUUUUGAAAACUUUGUUUUGUGAAAGCGAAUUGAAUUUUCAAUUUAAAUUAAAUAAACAAAUCUUUCAAUGUAA